UGUGGUGGGUCCAUUUGCAUCGUGAUAACUGGUCAACCAAAAGCGAAAUUCAGGGUCAUUAUUGUAAUAUCAUAUUUUCUUAUUAUUUCUUAUCUUUUUUGAAUUUUUUCUUUUUCUGCCCCUCCUGUCCGAAAACCUCAAUUUCCGCAUGAUUUUUUCUGUCUAUUUUCCCUUCUUCCAAACAGACCCGUUAAGACAGCGAGAGAGAGAGAGAGAGAGAGGGAAGGAUCCCUAUUUCUUUACAUUUUUAUAUUGGUUUUUGUAUUACUAGGCAUUAUCUGAUUUCUCUUUUUUUUCUUUUGUUUUUUGCCUGGUAGUAUUUUUACUUCUUUUUUUCCCCUCUCCUCCUCUCUCUUGAAUCGAACUGAUUUUUGGGGUUUAUCUUAUCGGAGAUCGUUUUAAGGGGCUUUAAUUUUCUCUUGUUCUACCUUUUUCUUUUCUGGCGCUUUUUUUUUUAUUUGGAUCCCUUCAAAUAUUUCUUCAAAUGUAAGUUGAAAAUACCUUAUCUUUUUCGAUUCCUUCGUUUCAGUUACUUUUUUUUUAGAGAAUCGUAAUUUCGAAAACAUUAGAUUCUGAAUAGGGUUAUAUAUAUUUUUAAAUUUUUUCUUUUAAAUGCAAAUAUUCCCUUUCCAUUGCUUGAAUCCGUAAAUUAUGUAUGAAAGAAAUGUCUAUAAUCUGAUGUCUUUCAAGUUGGAAUCUUUGAUAAUUGUGGAUUAGGGUUAGGGUUAGGGUUCUGGUAGAUAUGAUCAAGCAGAUAUUAGGAAAGCUACCUCGGAAACCAUCGAAAUCAUCCCAAAAUGAUUCAAAUGGUGAUGGAGGAGUCAAUGGUAAUUCCUCUUCGUACUCUUCUCUAGGACCCAAUUCUUUAAACAACUCAAAACCCAGUUGGGCUUCUUCAAAAUCUUCAGGUUCACGUUUGAACAAUGGGACUCUUAAUUCUUAUUCAUCCAGUUCGAAUAAAUCUAAUCAAGGCCAGAAAACAGCCUCUCUUGCAAGCCAAGCGGGUCCUGUGUUAGCUUCAGGGGUUUAUGAGGCUUUGCCUAGUUUCCGGGAUAUUCCUAGCUCGGAAAAGCAGAGUCUUUUUCUUCGGAAGUUGAGUAUGUGUUGUGUGUUUUUUGAUUUUAGUGAUCCAUCUAAGAACCUUAGGGAAAAGGAUAUAAAGAGGCAGACGUUGUUGGAGCUUGUUGAUUAUAUUUUGUCGGUUACAUCCAAGUUCAAUGAAGUUGCAAUGCAAGAGAUUACUAGAAUGGUGGCCGCUAAUCUCUUUCGAACAUUUCCAUCCCCGAAUCAUGAUAACAAGCUUCUAGAAAUGUAUGAUUUGGAAGAUGAGGAACCGGCCAUGGAUCCUGCUUGGCCUCAUCUGCAGAUUGUAUAUGAACUUUUACUUAGAUUUGUGGCCUCAACGGAGACUGAUGCCAAGCUUGCUAAAAGAUAUAUCGACCAUUCAUUCGUGUUGAAAUUGUUGGAUUUGUUUGAUUCAGAUGACCAAAGAGAGAGGGAGUAUCUAAAGACAAUUCUACAUCGGAUUUAUGGGAAGUUCAUGGUGCAUCGGCCAUUUAUUAGAAAAGCCAUCAACAAUAUCUUCUAUAGGUUUAUUUUUGAGACCGAGAAACACAAUGGUAUCGCUGAGUUGCUUGAAAUCUUGGGGAGUAUAAUAAAUGGGUUUGCUUUGCCUUUGAAGGAGGAGCACAAGCUCUUCUUGGUCCGAGCUCUGAUUCCUCUGCACAAGCCCAAGUGUGUAUCCAUGUACCAUCAGCAAGUUUCUUAUUGCAUUACUCAGUUUGUUGAGAAAGACUUCAAGCUGGCUGAUACUGUCAUCCGAGGCCUUCUAAAGUAUUGGCCUGUAACUAAUAGUUCAAAGGAGGUAAUGUUCCUUGGAGAGCUGGAAGAAGUUCUAGAAGCUACUCAGGCAGCUGAAUUCCAACGCUGCAUGGUUCCUCUUUUCCGGCAGAUUGGUCGCUGCCUCAACAGCUCUCAUUUUCAGGUAGCUGAACGUGCUUUGUUUUUGUGGAACAAUGAUCACAUAAGAAAUCUGAUCACCCAUAACCGCACAAUAAUACUACCUAUGAUCUUCCCAGCAUUGGAGAGAAACACACGUGGUCAUUGGAACCAGGCAGUUCAGAGUCUUACACUGAAUGUCAGGAAGAUAUUCUCCGAUGCUGAUCAACUGCUCUUUGAUGAAUGUUUGGCCAGAUUCCAAGAAGAUGAACUGAAGGAAAAAGAGAUGCAGGAGAAGCGGGAACUAACCUGGAAGCGGUUGGAAUAUGUGGCUGCAUCUACCGCUGUAAGUAAUGAAGCUGUUCUGGUUUCAAGAUUUGUCUCUUCCAUUGCCAUCUCCACCAGCACAAGUACAAAGGCAAUGGCAGGCAGUUGAGAUAUGCACUGAAUGCAAUUUGUAAGGAAUCAUUCACAUCCAUCAAAGUGAAAUGAUCCAGGUGUAGCCCAAAUGAUGCACCAUGGGAAUCGGUUGAUGUCACUUCAGUUUUUUAACAGCUAAUCUCUACCUCCUGAAUGACAAGUGGUAGGGUUCUGUGGAUAUUAAGGUUGCUUCUAUUUUGGUUCUGGGCUCAUUCAUUUUUCUAUCUUCCUUUUGCCUUUUUCCUUUCUCUCCCCUGCCCCCUUCCUCUUUACGACGGAGGUGCUAGUGUGUGUAUCAUAAGGGAUUUAGUUUAUGAAGUAAGCUGUUGGAUUUACUAUCAGAUACUAUUUAUUUUUAUUAUUAUAUUUUUUGUAAUGAUGCAAGGACAUAUUUUUCCCCUGUUCCCUGCUACCCCCCCCCCCC